AUGACCAUCCGGUUACAUAGAUUUGGCUGCAUCCCUGACUGACCGGAAAUCCCGGGCAGUCCUGCCUUUCUCGUCUCAGCAGCAACAGUUUCCACUGUUUCUACUUUCAGAGACAAAAGACCACAGAGCAAGAAAGUCGCGAAUUUGUUAUUCUCCUAAAUAAAAUACAUAAAUAUCAAAAAUUAAAGUCUCCUUUCACUAUAAAUAAGCUCAAAGCGCGGACUGUUUUUUACACAAAUUUAUAAUAACUUCAGUUCACUAUCUGAUCUCUGUAUUGAAGAGAGCUAGAACAAAUAUGAUGAUUUGAAGUUGGAUAUUCUUUUCAGAGCUUUGAGUUUCUUUUUAGUUAGAUCUUGGAUUUCUUGGGAGACAAAAUGUGGAAACUUGCGCGAUUUGCUACUUCUCGUUGCCGAUCACGGAGGUUUUCGACGGCGAUACCUGGUCCUUGUAUUGUUCAUAAGCGUGGCGCUGAUAUUCUCCACGAUCCUUGGUUCAAUAAGGACACUGGGUUUCCUUUGACUGAAAGAGAUCGACUGGGGCUGCGUGGCCUCCUUCCCCCUCGUGUUAUAUCAUUUGAGCAUCAAUAUGAUCGUUUUAUGGAGUCAUAUCGAUCGCUGGAGAAAAAUACUCAGGGACAACCAGAUAGUGUUGUAUCAUUGGCCAAAUGGAGGAUCUUAAAUAGACUUCAUGAUAGAAAUGAGACACUAUACUAUCGAGUCCUUAUUGAUAAUAUCAAGGACUUUGCUCCUAUAAUAUACACUCCAACAGUAGGGUUGGUAUGCCAAAAUUAUUCAGGUCUAUUUAGACGUCCACGUGGAAUGUAUUUUAGCGCAAAGGAUAAAGGAGAGAUGAUGUCAAUGAUCUAUAACUGGCCUGCUGAACAGGUGGACAUGAUAGUCCUGACAGAUGGUAGUCGUAUUCUUGGGUUAGGUGACCUUGGUGUUCAAGGAAUAGGUAUACCCAUUGGAAAGCUUGAUAUGUAUGUUGCUGCUGCUGGCAUCAAUCCACAGAGAAUACUCCCAGUCAUGCUGGAUGUUGGCACAAACAAUCAAAAGCUACUUGAAGAUCGUCUUUAUCUAGGACUUCGACAACCUAGGCUCGAAGGGGAAGAGUACCUAUCAAUUGUUGAUGAGUUCAUGGAAGCUGUUUUCACACGGUGGCCAAAGGCCAUUGUACAGUUUGAGGAUUUUCAAAUGAAGUGGGCAUUUGAAACACUGCAAAGAUAUCGUAAAAGGUUCUGCAUGUUUAACGAUGAUAUACAGGGAACUGCUGGUGUUGCACUCGCGGGACUGCUUGGAACUGUAAGAGCCCAAGGACGACCAUUGUCUGACUUUGUGAAACAAAAGAUUGUUGUUGUGGGUGCUGGGAGUGCAGGGCUUGGUGUCCUGAAUAUGGCUAUACAGGCUGUUUCAAGGAUGUCUGGAAACAAUGAAGCAUCUGUAAAUAAUAACUUUUUCCUACUCGAUAAAGAUGGUCUCAUCACAAAAGAGAGGAAAAAUAUUGAUCCCGCAGCAGCACCAUUUGCUAAAGACUUAAAAGAUGUCGAGGGGCUUAGAGAGGGAGCUACUCUUGUUGAAGUGGUUAAAAAGUUAAAGCCCCAUGUGCUUCUUGGUUUGUCUGGAGUUGGUGGGAUCUUUAAUGAUGAGGUGCUCAAGGCCAUGCGAGACUCGGAUUGUAUUAAACCUGCUAUUUUUGCUAUGUCGAACCCCACAAUGAAUGCUGAGUGUACUGCUACUGAUGCUUUCAAACAUGCUGGGGAAAAUAUAGUUUUUGCAAGCGGAAGCCCAUUUGAAAAUGUUGAUCUUGGGAAUGGAAAAGUAGGACAUGUAAAUCAAGCAAAUAACAUGUACCUGUUUCCUGGGAUUGGUUUGGGAGCUCUGGUCUCGGGCGCACGUUUUAUAACUGAUGGAAUGUUGCAAGCAGCUGCUGAAUGCCUUGCUUCUUACAUGACGGAUGAGGAAAUCCAGAAAGGCAUAUUAUAUCCAUCCAUUAACAGUAUUCGACACAUUACGGCCGAGGUUGGUGCUGCUGUUCUACGAGCAGCUGUCGCAGAACAUCUGGCAGAAGGACAUGGUGAUGUUGGCCCCAGAGAACUGAAGCACAUGUCAAAAGAGGAGACGGUGGAAUACGUCACACGCAAUAUGUGGUUCCCGAUUUACAGCCCACUUGUUCAUGAGAAAUGAGGCUGUUUUUUUCUGCAAACUGACCGUGAUUCUCUGCGUCUAGCUAUAAUAUUCUUUUUAUGUUUUCCUGAAUUCAGAAUUUGCCAACUUGAAGUAGAAAGGCAAAUAAUGAAAACAGGAGCAAACCCUCCCAUUUCUGUUGUAGUUCAUUUGCCUGAACUCUGAUCUACAUUUAACUUAAUUAAUUCAUGUAUAUUUUGUGGAGGUA